AUGACAACGUCCAUAUUGACUGUCCCAGCGAAGAGCGAUUACACCUUCAGAAACUGGGCUGGUAUUUACACAGCUAAACCGCAGAAGUAUUUCCAACCUACCAAUGUACAGGAGGUCAUAAACAUAGUUAAUGCUGCAAGGGCUGCCGGCAAGACAGUAGUAACUGUUGGCUCAGGUCAUUCGCCAAGUAAUAUGUGUAUCACUAAUGAGUGGUUGAUUAAUUUAGAUAAAAUGAACUCAGUGCAAAGUUUCAAAGAAUACCCAGAAAGACAUUAUGCUGAUAUUACCGUUGCAGCAGGUUUACGAGUCUAUCAAUUGAACGCAUAUUUAAAUAAAAAGGGAUAUACUUUGCAAAAUCUUGGAUCUGUUGCAGAGCAGAGUGUUGCAGGGAUAAUUUCUACUGGUACGCAUGGGUCAUCUCCUUAUCAUGGGUUGUUUUCAUCACAAUAUGUGAAUUUAACAAUUGUCAAUGGAAACGGUCAACUGGUAUACUUAGAUUCGGAGCAUAACCCUGAAAUAUUUAGAGCUGCUGCCUUGUCAUUGGGGAAAAUCGGUAUCAUUGUCUCAGCAACCAUACGUGCAGUACCUGCUUUUAAUAUAAGAUCGACCCAAGAAGUCAUUACAUUUGAAGAAUUCCUUGAACAGUGGGAUUCUGUUUGGUUAUCAUCUGAAUUCAUAAGAGUAUGGUGGUAUCCUUAUUCAAGAAAGUGUGUUCUCUGGAGAGGCUCUAAGUCACACGAUAACAUUACACCAGAGAAAAAAUCUUGGUGGGCAACCAAAAUGGGUAGGUUUUUCUAUGAGACAUUAUUAUGGAUUUCAUCAAGAGUUUAUUUACCUCUCACACCAUUAGUAGAGAAGUUCGUUUUUAAGAAACAAUACGGGGAAUUAGAAAAGCACCCAACGACAGCAGUGCAAAGAUCAGCUGAUGGGUUUGCUUUAGAUUGUUUAUUUUCACAAUUUGUUGAUGAAUGGGCUUGUCCAAUGGAUAAUGGUCCAGAAGUAUUGCGCUCACUUGAUUAUUCUAUAUCACAAGCUUCAAAAAAUAAAGAAUUCUACGUCCACGUUCCAAUUGAGGUUCGCUGUUCUAACACUUCCUUACCACAAACACAAUUAGAUACAUCAACUAGAAACUCCAUGUCUGCUGGUCCAGUAUAUGGAAAUAUUUUACGUCCUUAUUUGGACAACACACCUUUUAGUGAAAUGGUAACUCCCUUAGCAGCCAUAACGAAUAACCAAUUAACGUUAUAUAUCAAUGCCACAAUUUAUCGUCCAUUUGGUUACAAUACUCCAAUUUAUAAGUGGUUUUCUGUUUUUGAAGACACAAUGAUUGGCGCUGGUGGUAAGCCACAUUGGGCCAAAAAUUUCUUGGGGUCUACCUCUUUGAUUAAUACUGAGAAAAAGACUAAAUAUAAAGAUUUCGAAAUGAGGGGUAUGGCAACGAAGAUUAAGGAGAUGUAUGGAGAUGAUUUAUUGAACUUUCAAAGAAUAAGACGCCAACAAGAUCCCAAAAAUGUUUUUGUAAUGAAUAAAGAUUGGGCUGUUAUUAAUGGUGUUGUUAAUCCUGGAGAGGUAAAUUGA